GUAUCCCUUAUCCACAGUGUUUGUGGCUUCCCAGCACUAGCCUCCUUUCAAAUGCUUUCUGGUACACUCAGCUUUAACGUACAGCACUGACAGUGUUUUGCUGUAAUUGGGAUUUUUCAUGUUAAUUCCUGACAUAACCCUGCACUGAGGAGAAUGAGCCAUUUGGAGGGUCUGAGGGCCAACUCAUCUCAUUUCACCCUGGAGGGACAACCCGUCCAAAUCCUGGGAGGCUCCAUCCAUUACUUCCGUGUCCCCAGAGCCUACUGGGAGGACCGGCUACUGAAGAUGAAGGCCUGUGGUCUCAACACUCUCACUACAUAUGUGCCAUGGAACCUUCAUGAGCCUGAAAGAGGAACGUUCAACUUUCAUGAUCAGUUAGACCUCAGGUCCUAUGUCAGAUUAGCAGCAGAGAUGGGUCUCUGGGUUAUUCUACGUCCAGGACCUUAUAUCUGUGCUGAAUGGGACUUGGGCGGGUUGCCGAGCUGGCUGUUACAAGAUAAAGACAUUCAGUUGAGAACAACUUAUCCUGGGUUUGUGGAUGCUGUCAACCUCUACUUUGACAAACUUGUCUCAGUUAUCAAACCUCUGAUGUUUAAAGAGGGAGGCCCAGUGAUCGCAGUUCAAGUUGAAAAUGAGUAUGGAUCAUAUGCCAAAGAUGAGAAAUACAUGCCAUUUAUAAAGACUUGUCUUCAGUCCAGAGGGAUCAAUGAACUCCUUCUGACUUCAGACAACUGGGAGGGCUUGAGAUAUGGAGGAAUGGAGGGAGUUUUAAAAACAACAAACCUUCAGAGACUGUCGUAUGGAGCGAUCCAGCACUUAGCUGACAUUCAGCCACAGAAACCUCUAAUGGUGAUGGAGUACUGGUCUGGGUGGUUUGAUGUCUGGGGAGAGCAUCACCAUGUGUUCCAUGCUGAAGACAUGUUAGCUGUGGUGUCAGAAAUCCUGGAGAGAGGCAUUUCCAUUAAUCUAUACAUGUUUCAUGGAGGAACAAGCUUUGGCUUCAUGAAUGGAGCGAUGGACUUUGGCACCUACAAACCUCAAGUCACCAGUUAUGAUUAUGAUGCUCCCUUAUCUGAAGCUGGAGAUUGCACCACAAAAUAUCUACUCUUAAGGAAUUUAUUCAGCCAGUACCAUUCUGAGCUUCUUCCUGAAGUGCCGUCUCCUCAGAAGAGAAGAGCAUAUGAACCUGUUGUCAUCCAGCAGCACCUGUCACUGUGGGACAGCCUGCACUUCACUGACAAGCCAUACAGAUCAGAGAGGCCGGUGAACAUGGAGAAUCUCCCUGUCAACAGUAACAAUGGUCAGUCAUAUGGCUACACACUGUAUGAGACCACCAUCACGAGUGGAGGAACUCUCUACUCUAGGAACAACAUUAGAGACAGAGCACUGGUUUUUGUGGACAGACAGUGUGUUGGUAGUUUGGACUACAAGACUCACGAGCUGACACUCCCUGAUGGAAAGGGUGAGAGGGUGUUGAGCUUACUUGUGGAGAACUGUGGAAGAGUGAAUUACGGGAAAUCUCUGGACAAACAGCACAAAGGUAUUGUGGGAGACAUUCUCUUGAAUCACACCCCUCUGAGAGGAUUUACCAUCUUCUGUUUAGAUAUGAAACCGGACUUUAUGAGAAGAUUAAUAAAUUCAGGUCAGUGGAAGUCAGACUUCAAGUCAUCUUGUGUUCCAGGGUUUUUCCAGGGCAGACUGUAUGUGGAUGGUGCUCCCAGAGACACUUUCAUCAGACUCCUGGGUUGGGGUAAAGGAGUUGUGUUUGUCAAUGGGCAGAACCUUGGACGCUACUGGUUCAUUGGCCCCCAGCACUUUCUUUACCUCCCAGGACCUUGGCUCAGAAGUGGAGAGAAUCAGAUUAUUGUUUUUGAGGAACAAAAAGCAGAUGACAAAAUACUGUUUGCUGAGAAUCCUGAUCAUGGAAAGACAAUUGAUGUAUACAAACUCCCUUUUUGCACAGUGCUGUGAAAAAAGUGUAUAGCAGUAACAAAAGCCUUUUUACACACACACACACACACACACACACACGUACACAAAGUGGGAUGUUUUUUGACACUGGAAGUUUCUGUCACUGAUUUGAAGUUAUUAAUUCACUAAACAUAAUGCUUUUAAAUAUUGUAAAGCGGUAUGGUCAGUUUGUUAAUCAAAAUUGUUACAUCUUGCCAUUGAUUUUUUUUAAUCUUAUGUCUUUUGCCUGCAAAUCAUAAAAUCCACCUUCUGAUCUAUCUUGUUUUCUCAGUAUAAACUUUGCUCUGAUAGGAAAUAUUAGUUGACACGCCUUCACAAGCUUCUCAUUGGACCAGUGCCUUGUCCUUUGCUUUGGCGACGGUUUCAUAUUCACAAAACACUUGCACUAACCCACACACAGCCAUUUUAAAACUCACCAGAAACAAACCCUAUUAACCGGAAAAGAAGUCGUCUUUUCAUUCACAAUAAAGGGUUAACAUUUGUUAGACUGGCAA